GUGCUUCUGGUCUUGUGAUAUGACAUCACUCCGUCCCAGACCCUCAGACAAAUCUUUUUCUCAUCAGCUAGCUACCAAACGCCAUCCUACAUUCUUCGAGCACAGCUGUUUGAUUCUUUAAAAAGGUUUGCUAACUAUGGCCUCAGCCAUCUCCACGCCGGUUACCUCCUCAAGCCGACCUGGGCGCGCCACGAGACGCACCCCCACACCUGGGGUCUCUCCAUCCGGCACCAGCCCCACGCGCAUCAGUCGCUUGCAGGAGAAGGAGGACCUCCGGCACCUAAAUGACCGCCUUGCUAAUUAUAUUGAGCGUGUGCGGCAGUUGGAGAAUGAGAAGUCGUCCAUGCAGCUACUACUAGAGGAGAAAUCAGAGUGUAGUAGUCGGGAACUUGGGAAUCUGAGACGUAUCUACGAGAACGAGCUCGCCGACGCCAGGAAAACUCUUGACGGCACUGCUAACGAACGGGCCCGACUACAGAUAGAGUUGAGCCAGCUCGCUGAGGAUCAUAGGAAAUUACAAGCCAGGAAUAACAAAAAAGAAUCGGAGCUGACCACGGCCACUGGAUGCUGGAGGAACCUUGAGGCUGCACUGAACUCUAAAGAGGCAGAGUAUGCCAACUUACUUGCUGAAAACCGGAGACUUGAAGUUGAAAUCACAGAUCUCAAAAGUCAAGUGUCCAAUCUGGAGGAUGCCCUUCAGAAUGCCAAGGCGCAGCUCAAUGCGGAAAUGCUCCAGAGAGUCGAUGCACAGAAUCAAAUACAGACCCUCCAGGAACAAAUAGACUUUCAGAAACACAUUAGUGAGCAGGAGGUUAGGGAGAUGCGGACCCGGCACGAGAGCAGGCUGGUGGAGGUGGACUCUGGGAGGCAGCAGGACUUUGAGAGCAAGCUGUCCGAGGCCAUGCAGGAUCUCCGUAAGGAGCACGAGGGGCAGAUUCAGCAGUACAGGGACGAGCUGGAACGCACCUUUGUCGCCAAGCUGGAGAACGCCCAGCAGGCAGCAACAAAGAACAGCGAUCAUGCGUCUUCAGUGCGCGAGGAGCUAGCAGGGACCCGGACCAGACUGGAGUCUCAAUCCUCUGAGCUCGGCCAUCUGCAGAGACAGAAUACAGCCCUGGAGGCGCGGGUGCGGGAGCUGGAGCAGGUGCUGGACCGCGAGCGGGACGUGGCCCACCAGAGGCUGAGCCGUAAGGACCAGGAGAUGGCUGCCAUGAGGGAGCAGAUGCAGGCCCAGCUGGAGGAGUACCAGAACCUGCUGGACGUCAAGCUCUCGCUGGACAUGGAAAUCAACGCUUACAGGAAGAUGCUGGAGGGAGAGGAGCAGAGGCUGAAUCUGCCACCCAGUCCCUCGGGUCUCGGAGCGGAGCCACGCAGACACGCCCACGGGGUCCGCCGGGUCAAGGCGGGCAAGAGGAAACGAGAGAGCGGCCACUCUUCAGGCUACAAGAUCACCCAGCAGGCAUCAGCACGAGGCAGCGUGUCCAUCGACGAGAUCGACAAAGAAGGGCAGUUCAUCAGGCUUAAAAACAACUCUGACCUGGAUCAGCUUUUGGGUGAGUGGAGCAUCUUGAAGAGGCACACUACCACGCCUGACAUCUCCUUCCAGAUCCCUUCUCCCUACACUCUGAAAGGUGGACAAACCCUGACCGUCUGGGCAGAAGGAGCUGUUCAACAGGCCCCACCUGGCGAUCUGAUCCUGAUGGAGCAUAGGAGCUGGGGUGCGCUGGAUGAUGUUCGGGUCCUCCUGCUCACCGCUCAGAAUGAGGAGGCAGCAGAGCGCAGGAUGGUGUGCGUGCGGCAGCGCGGCGAGGGAGGCGACACGGACGAGGAGUUUGACGAGGAGCCCAUCUCUGGCAGUGACCUUCACCUCCGGAGACAGGGACUGGCAGGGGGCAAUGAGGCCAGCUGUGCAGUCAUGUGAUUGUUACUGGACAUCCAUCUUGAAGGUGCCACUGAGGGAGGUGGAUGUUAAACAUGGAUAUGGGCUCUGGAUUUGACACACAUAAAGUAUGCAUUCUGGUUGGUGCUUAUUUUUCAGUGUCUUGGUCACUAGGUACUUAAAUGUAUACGUUGGCUUUUCCGACUUCAGUUCAAAAACAGGAUGGGUACUUUGGGUGCCUACUUUUUCUUUGUUUUCUUUGUGCCUCAUCAUAACAUGUAAGGAAAUGUUACUCAGUUUUCCUCUAAGCUGGAAGAGAUGCCUUCUACUAAACUUGAAAUGCCUCAUCAUAUUAGGUAUUUGAGAAUUGUGACUGCCUUGGAGGCAAACGGCAACAAGCACGUCUCCAGUGUACUGGUUUAGUAGUUGUCUGGGAUUUGAAUGUGUCUUGAAAUAUGGACUCGUCAGUCUGGUAUAAAUGUGCCAAGCAGUUACUUUUUGCAGGCUUCACGCUUUCUCUGUCUCUCUCUGGAAUGACUUACUUGCACGGAAGGCUGGAAGACUGCUUGUGGUUUCAACCAAAGUAAUGAGUGGCUGCUACUAACAGGGAGCAGUUCUGAAAGGAGAGGGAAAGCUUUCAGUAGAAGGAUCCCUGCUUUUGUUUUUGGAAAACCCUCCCUGGUAGAAAUAAAUAAGUUAUUAUUAUAAUAUAUGAUGCAAAUGCUUGUUAACAAAAGCGUAUUUAAGAGGUUGUAAUGCAAACAGUACAUAUAUGUUGAUUCAGUCUCUCAAGUGCUUUAUUUUAUUUAAAGUGUUGACCGAUCUUUUUUUGAGGAAGACGUGUUCAGUAUGUUGUCCAGGUUGUUUUGAUACUGGUGGAUGUUCUGGAAAAUGACAAAUGUAGCUUAACAACUGUAAACAGGAAAUUAGCCUGAAUAUUGCCUUUGACUGUCAAUCCUAUCUGUGACUUUUAUUGCACAAACACAUUGAGCACAUUUGUAUUAACUUCAAUAAAGAUGGCGAUUAUAAAUGAA